GGGAGCGCGGUGCAGGUUGGGAAUAAUUCCCUUGGAGCUUUCGGUUGGCAUCAACAAAUCUGAAGUCGUGCGUGCGGUAUCGGGUGCGGAUUCUGACGCGGCUUUACGUUCUUACAGCUCACAAUGCGACACGUUCAUCUGGCGACUGAGGAGGAUGAAGAGGAUUUAUAUUCUGGUUACAAUGAUUACAAUCCCACCUAUGACACUGAGGAUUUAGACAACGAUGUGGCUUUUCAGCAGGCUGUCAAGACUAGUCAUGGUCGGAGACCCCCGAUUACAGCCAAAGUACCAGGAACUGCUGCAGUACGGCCACUGGGAACAGGAUUUGGUCCUAGAGUGACCCUUUCUUCAUCCAUGGGAAGGCCUAUGACUGGGGCUGUUCAGGAUGGAGCAGCUCGACCAAUGACAGCUGUGCGUGCGGCUGGGUACACUAAAGCAGCAUUUCGAGGCUCUUCUUUUGAUCCCCUGGGUCAGUCUCGAGGGCCUGCUCCACCUCUGGAGGCCAAGAAUGAAGACACACCAGAAGAAAAGAUAAGACAGCUGGAGAAGAAGGUUAAUGAAUUAAUAGAAGAAAGUUGCAUUGCGAACAGCAGUGGAGAUUUAAAGCAGGCCCUGGAAAAGGCUAAGGAAGCCGGGAGGAAGGAGAGGGUUUUGGUCAGACAGAGAGAACAGAUUCUGUCCCCGGAGAAUAUUAACCUGGAUCUCACCUACUCUGUCCUGCUUAACUUGGCAUCCCAGUAUUCUGCAAAUGAAAUGUAUGCUGAAGCGCUCAAUACUUACCAAGUCAUUGUGAAGAAUAAAAUGUUCAGUCACGCAGGUCGCCUAAAAGUGAACAUGGCAAACAUCUAUCUAAAGCAGAAGAACUACUCCAAGGCGAUCAAGUUUUAUCGUAUGGCUCUUGAUCAAAUCCCAGGUGCCCACAAGGAGAUGAGGAUCAAGAUAAUGCAGAAUAUCGGAGUGACCUUCGUCAAGACCGGUCAGUACGCCGACGCUAUUAACUCCUUUGAGCACAUCAUGAUGUGAAUCUCCAAAUCUGAUGCUGGUUUCAAUUUGAUCCUAUGUUACUUUGCUGUCGGAGACCGAGACAAAAUGAAAAAGGCUUUCCAGAAGUUAAUAGCAGCGCCUCUUGGUAUUGACGACGAAGACAAGUAUAUUUCUCCUGGUGAUGACCCUCAUACAAAUUUAUUGAUAGAAGCUAUUAAAAAUGACAGUCUCCAUCAAAUGGAACGAGAAAGGAAAGAAUUGGCUGAAAAAUACAUUAUGACUGCGGCCAAGUUGAUAGCACCCGUUAUUGAAACCUCGUUUGAUGUUGGCUAUGACUGGUGUGUGGAGGUGGUUAAGACGUCACAAUAUGUGGAACUGGCGAACGAUUUGGAGAUUAACAAAGCUCUUACUUUCCUGAAACAAAAGAACUUUUCCCAGGCUGUAGAAACUUUAAAAAUGUUUGAGAAAAAAGACAGCAGAGUAAAAAGUGCGGCAGCAUCCAACCUUUCAUUCCUUUUCUUCCUGGAAAAAGACUUCUCACAGGCUGAUCUGUAUGCAGAUUUAGCGGUUACCUCUGAUCGCUACAAUCCAUCAGCCCUGACAAACAAGGGUAAUUCCGUUUUUGUAAGCGGAGACUAUGAAAAAGCAGCCGAAUACUACAGGGAAGCUCUGAGGAACGACUCGUCCUGCACGGAAUCACUCUAUAACCUUGCUUUGACGUACAAGAAACAAAAUCGCCUGGAGGAUGCUCUGGACUGUUUUACUAAACUCCAUGCGAUCCUGAGGAACAGUGGACAGGUUGUCAGUCAGAUGGCAAACUUGUAUGAAAUGCUUGACGAUCCUAAUCAGGCGAUCGAGUGGCUCUUACAACUUAUAAACAUUGUACCGACUGAUGCGCACGCACUUGCUAAACUUGGAGAACUGUACGAUAUGCAGGGCGACAAGUUAGAAGCAUUCCAUUUCUACUGUGAGUCUUAUCGCCACUUCCCAUCAAACAUUGAAGUGAUUGAAUGGCUGGGAGCCUACUACAUUGACAAAAAGUUUUGUGAAAAAGCCGUUAAGUACUUUGAGAGAGCUGCACUUAUUCAACCAACUCAAGUGAAAUGGCAAUUAAUGUUGGCAAGCUGUCACAGAAGAAGCGGCAACUAUCAGAAAUCGCUGGAUAAAUACAAGGAGAUUCAUCAGAGGUUCCCAGACAAUGUUGAAUGCUUGCGUUUCCUGGUGCGGCUCUGCACAGAUAUUGGGUUAAAAGAAGUUCAAGAAUAUACAACAAAGUUGAAAAAGGCAGAGAAAAUGAAGGAAUUAAAGGAACAGCGUGUAAAAUCUGGCAGAGAUGGCAGUGCCCGCAGUCGAAGGGAGGGCAGAGAGGGCAGUGCAAGCAGUGACAGUGGGCAGAGCAGUGGCACCAACGCUAAAGGAGAACGUCUUAGUGCUCAACUAAAGUCACUCCCAACAGCUAAUGAUCCUUAUGAGACCAGCACGAACCAAGAAAUUGAUGUUUCCUAUGCAGACCCUCUCGGCCCACAAAUGGAAAGACCAAAAACUGCAGCCAAGAAGAGAGUGGAAGAGGAAGAGUUUGCAGAUGAAGAGUUAGGAGAUGACCUUCUCCCUGAAUAAUACCGUCACAGCUUUCAGUGUGUUUUGUGUGUUAUUUUUUUGGUCUCCGUCCAUUAUAUGUUUUUAUUGUUUAUUUUUUUGUUUAUUAUUAUUUUGGUUUUAUCUGUUAAUAUUAAACUAUUUGA